AUGAAUACUCGGCGCUUUGCAGUUUAUCUGGGAUUGAGCCUUGCUGUUUGUUUUGCAUCUAUAGCACUCUAUGUGCUUGCAACAGAACAGUCCCGCCGAAAGAAGGUACUUGGCUAUGACUUGUAGUAGAUAGAAAUUACAUGGUGCCCAUUUGUUCAUAAUGAACAAGAUGAGGUCAAAGUGAAACUGAUCUUUAGCUUUUAAUAGAUAUCACUUGAAGAAAUGAGUGAUUCUUACCGGUGUACCGCUUAAUCUGCAUAGUUACAGUAAACUUACUUUCAAAAUGAUUUUUUACCAAAUAUGUAGCCAUUGAAUGAUUCUUUCUAGUACUGAACUGUGUAAAACAAAUUGCCUGUUACCCAGCUGUGCCCCAGUUUAUUUCAUUUUUCACUUCCGGGUUUACUUGUAAUCAAUAGCAUUGAGUUUCAUGUAGGCUUUACAGAUUGUUGGCACUGUCAGUUGCUAAAAGAAUUUAUCGUAUUUAACUAGAAGUACUUCAAUCGCAGGACGUCUCGCAGCACUUGAAAGGGAAAUUAUGGCAAGAAGUAGGUUCAGAAAGGGAAGGAAGGUAUUACAGGGAAAAGAAAAUAAGAAACAAAACAAAACUACAAUAAUUUAAAGAAAAGGAAAGAUUAAGAAAGAAACCAAAAAAAAAGAAAAAGAAAAAUAAGCCGUUUCCAGGAUCGAACUUAGGACAUCCUGUUUGCCAGGCCAAUUCGUUACCACUACGCCACAUGGGAAUGCAUGACUAAAGUGUUGAUGAUAUUUCAUUUAAAGCCUUACUUCCGCCAGCACACACCAUUUAAAGCCGAUUGAGCCGUACUUAAGGGGGGGCACUGGGAUAUACUCCCUUUUAUUCUGAACUUACAUGUAGGGGUGUGUUGUUAAACACUGGGUAUGGUUUUUUGAGUCUUACAGCACUGUUCUUAGAGGAAUUAGGCGAUUUAGCAAAGUUGACAGUAACGUUAGCAUGUACAGAUGUAAAAUCUGACUUGACCAAUAGCAGAGUGGCAGCAAAGUUAUUUUUUAACUACUGAAGUUGUGCUCAGCCCUUUGUGUGUGCCUUCAUUUUGUAAUUUGAUGUUGCAUUGUUUUUCUAUCAAACCAGCCUAAUAAGAACCCCAGAGGACUGCUAUGUUUGUACAUAUGUUUGUACACGUUACCUAUCCUUAACCUGCCGUAUAACUUAUUAUUAACGACACUAAAAAUUUGUCGAAAACUGAUUUUUUUAGAGUAAAGACAACAAGGAAAGUUUGGUUGCCCUGAACUUCCCAUUUUUGACAGAUGCUCACUGCAUUGAAUUUGUGAUGAAGUCCAAAGUUAUGUUUAUAAUGCGAGGAUUACCUGGUAGUGGAAAAUCAGUAGUUGCCCAUCAGAUUAAACAAGUGUAUGGUGAUAAGGCUGUGAAAUGUUCAGCCGAUGAUUUCAGAGUGACUGAUCAAGGAGAUUAUGUUUGGAAAGCUGAGGAAUAUGAGAUGACACACAUGAUAUGCCAAGACAAAGCAAACCAGGCCUGUCUAAAUGCAACACCAGUUGUUAUUAUUGGUAAGAGAUAAUACUCAACUCAAAAUGAUAAUAAAUUAUUAUAUCUGUAAAUCUUGUUGUGUUGUUAAUAACUGCACUUCCAGUCUUCCAUUAUCCUGUGAUUUUCUUAUUUACUAACCAAAAUAAGGUUUACCAUUGUAUUACAUUUACCUUUUCUUAUAGUGUUUAAAGUAAAAACUUGCAAGAGGUGACAGGCCGCACAUCUCCACUGGCGUGAAACCUUUGAAACCUUUUACAUAUUGCUCCAUUGUAUAAAUACAUUCAUGAGCUAUACGCACUGAUAAAUUAUGUCCAGUCCUAAAGCGUUUACCAAUUGUAUGGAAAACCUGGAAAUUCCGUGGAGAGUUCAAAGGGAAUGGUGCAUCCCGGUGGGAAUUUUGAAAGACGCUGGUGCACUCAUUAGAAUUCCUAAUUUGACCAGGCUGGGCAUUUAUUUGAUCUUGCCAAAAUUGUUUAUUAAUUUUUUUAAAUGUUCUCCAACAGAUAACACCAACAUCAAGAAAUUUUUGCUGUUCCAAUAUGUUUCCAUUGCACAUGAUACUGGCUACCAUGUGGUUAUAGUUGAACCUAAGACGAGUUGGAAACUUAGCAUAUCUGAGUUGACCCGACGGAAUCAGCACAAUGUUACAGAGGAGAGACUGAGAGAGCUUUUAUCUGAGUUUGAUAAAGUAUUUGCUCUAUAUUAUGGGUGGUUUCUUUCAGGGGAUAGUUUCAAGACUCUGAAAGACAGGAUGUUAAAAGUCUUGAGAGACUGUUGCGAAAAUAUCCCAUCAUUUCAAAAUAGCUUUGUAAGAGACAGUUCACAGGAACAAGAUGAACCUACAAGUAAAUAAAUAAUAUAGUUCCGGUGGUUAUUGUUAUUAUUAUGUAGGAUCAAUUAUAGAGCAUAAUGAGAUAGAGAGGUAAUCUUAGGGCAUUGGCCGGGAUGUGUGAAUUUCCUUUAAGUUAUUUUUAGAGGUUGUAAUUGAAUGGAAGUCUAAUUCCUGAGAGAUGUGUACAUUAUUAUUGAUUGUUUGAAACAUCAUCAAGUCCAUGGAUGGGUGACUGCCUCAAAGCAAAAAAUGCAGAAUAUUGUUAUGGCGACUGUUGUAUUCUCUCUUGACAACACUGAACAAAAGUUUGCGGACCUUACCAGAAAUCAACUUCUGCUUUAUUUCAAGGGUUUAUUUGGUCUAAAAGUAACUUUGGUGAAAUUCACAUAUCUUAAGGCUAGAGUGGGCAUUUUCCUCUCUGUCUUAUUAUUCCCUCUAGGUAGGAACAUUGCAAUCUUGUUAGAUUCAAAUUUUAUUUUAUGCCUGAGUGCUAAGUGCUCAGACAUUGAGAGACAGUUACGUUUAUUCUAUGAAUGUCAGAAAGGGUGUGGCCUAUUCCAAGAUAAAAUUGCUGAUACACAGAAAAUUUGCUAUUAACAAGUUUAAUCUUAAUAGUCUAUGUAUAUUAUAGCAUUUUUUUAAUGUAGUUGGAAAUUUUUCUAGAGGAAAUUAUUCCAAGAGUAAAUUCCAUUUUCCUUAUUCUGUGAUUAAAUACCAAUUGUCAGUGCACCCUUAGAAGCAUUAGCCUCUUGAAAUAGUGUGUUAGUCUUGGAACAUUGUUCUUGGACCAGAUGCUGGAUGGUAGCUCUAUGUUGGUAGCCUUUUAAUUGGAGUAGUGCAGUGGCUUGGGGUGUCUUAAGUUUGGCUGAUGUGUAAUAUUUUUUGUAGGCUGCUCCUCGGAAACAAACUUGCCAUCGUUGCCUUGCCUAGAACAUCCGCGUAGCCAUCUCCACAUAACUACAUUCUUUUACAAGAGAGGGCAAACCCAAAGAGCUCGUGAGUAUGUCUGUAUGGUUGAAGAUGCCCUUGGAUCAGUGGCUACUCUGUCAGUAGUUGCCUGGACAAUUACACCAAGAACAUUGACUGCAAGAGUUAAACUUACUUCACAACAACUCAACCUCUGGGGGGGCAUGCUCAGUUCAGUGGAUUCCACAGGACAAGGAAGUGGUGACAGCAAUACAGUACUCAGUCUUAAUGUAAGUGACUAUUCAGCAGGUUCUAGGGACCAGCAGCCUACCUGAGAGUAGCCCAGGGGCACCCAACGAGAAUAUGGUUCAAAACCGCUAAAACAUAGCAUUGUUGAACGUAUUUUGGUAUUUAAAAGGUAGAUGUAGGCAUAUUUUUAUCCCCUAAAAAUUUUUCAUCUGUUCGGAUUUCCUAGCUGAAAGUCUAGUGAUCCGAAAAUUAUAGGGAUCAAAACUUACCUUUUCGAAAAUUUCAGCGAGAGAAAAGGUUCCCGAAAAUUCUAGGUGACCUUUUUAAGGUAAAAAUCCGUUAAAAAUAGGCAAUUAUACCAUAUUUUAGAUGUUCGAAAAUCCUAGGAGAAGCAGGCAAGCAAGAAGUUUUACAACAAAUGUUCCGAAAAUUCUAGAUCUCAAAUCGUCUUCCGAACAGAUAUUUUUCCGAAAAUUGUCGUUGGGUGCCCCUGGUAGCCGAUAAAGAAAUAAGAGAUACAGGGACCCCUGUAUACACUCUGUAAAAUUCAUUCACUUGGAAAAAAAAGCCCAUUUUUCGCACUAAAAGUUACAAAGCCACGUUCUUUUCAAGUACACGCGAAAUUCAAGACAUUAGAAAUCAUAAAUGACGAGUAAAUGAAACCCCCUUCACGCUUCACAAGACACAAAAAACUCCAGUCACUUUCCAAAUGAAAAAAAAAAGAAAAGAACAUAGUACCCUGUGCGACGGUAUGUUUUAAGGUACAGUAAAACGGGCAACAUAAAACGUGCAACUUGUUUUGCGACUUUACUGCAAAACGAGUUGAAUAACCAUGUUGCACGUUUUACCACCCACGAAAAAAAACCUUGCAACCUUAUUUGUUGCAAGACAGGUUCAAACGUGGAUGGUAAAACGUCGCUCGCUAUUCAACUCACCUUGCAGUAAUGUUGCAACACAAGUUUCACAUUUUUUGUUGCCCAUUUUACUGAAGCUUUAUAAACCCCUUAUACUGACGGGAGAUCAUUUCCGUUAAAGCGGUUGAUCUGCCAGUUGCUAACACUUUCUGCUUCCCCGCCAGUAAGUCGGCUUGCGGAAUCUUCAUCCAACUACUUUUUUUUGUUUCAGGAAUCAUCGAGUUGUGCACUUCAAACAACAAAUUCCUCCUUCAUUCCUGCCUCGUAUAAAGAUUUGGUUAUCAAGCCAACAGUUGGUGAUGGAGAUACUGCGCAUGUCACGCUGUCCUGCAGAAGUGACAUUACACCAGUUCAAGGACGCUAUGACUUACGUGACCUCAUUACACUUGAAUUAACUAAUCACAGUUAUGAAGAGUACAAAGUGACAGACGGGAUUGUGCGCAGUUAUGGUGAUGGUCAAUGGAGUGUCUACUUGAAUGAACCCAUCUACGUUGAUGGACUUUUUACUGGGUUUUAUGGAUCUUGA